AUGCUGGGGUCUCGGUUGAUGUUCCUCCAAGCCUGCAUGGCCUCGGUCGGUGUCUUGGCCACCUUGACCGAGGACCUGUAUCCUUGGCAGCCUCCUCAACCGGGCGACUUGCGAUCACCUUGCCCUGGAAUCAACGCCCUAGCCAACCAUGGGCUCUUACCUCGAGAUGGUCGCGAUAUCGACCUGGAUGUGCUCGGAGCGGCCACGACACUCGGAUUUAAUAUGGACCACGAGACGAUGCUUCUUGUUGGUAUUCCUGCGUUAAAGACUUCGACUACGGGAAAUGCGUCAACCUUUCACCUCAGCGACGUCAACCAACACGUGCCUCAAGUCAUCGAGCACGACGGUAGCCUGACGCGCGACGACGCCUACUUUGGAGACUCCCUUCACUUCAGCCCUGCUGCUUGGGGUCGCACGUUGGCUGGAUGGGGUGACGUUGACAUUAUCGAUUUCGCCGCUGCUGCCCGGGAAAUCAAGGCUCGAUUCGAGUGGGGAGAGAAGUUCAACCCCGAAUUCAACGGCACCUUUGCGAGAAGCGGUUCGCUGCUUCAGUACGCGCUACUGCUGUCGGCUUUUGGGGAUUACGGUAAUGCGAACAAGACGCUUGUGCGCUACUGGGUCGAGAAUGAGAGACUUCCUCUCAAUCUAGGAUGGCAGCCACCUGUAAAGCCUAUUAUUCACGACAUGAAUGCUCUCAUUGCAGCAAAUAUCUCUGCGUUGUGGGUAUAA